AUGCUCAAGACUCCCUCGACCGUCGAGUCCUCUUGUGGAAACUUUAUCACUGCUCAACGUUUGACGGCUUCUUCUCGUCUUCCACUCGGCGCCAUGAAGACGCUAUGCAUCUUCAUCGCGGUGAUGAUGAUGAUGGUGAUGGAUGCCACCUUGGCUGCAGACGAGACGUGCUCUGGUCGCUGCGGUUCUUUUGACCCACUGAAGAAGUGUCAGUGUGAUUCCAUGUGCGUUUACUACGGAAGCUGCUGUGACGACUUUGACAAAUCGUGUCCCAAGAAAACACGUGGUGACACGUUCGAAGAAGCUGAAGACAACCAGACUACGGUGGAGACGCCGGUGGACGUGUUGGCCUCGAGUGCGGCGCCGACCAGCUCCAGCGCGGUGCUGACCACCUCUGAGGAACCUUGGCCUCCGCGUCCUACAACGCAAGAACCCACGGGGUCACCUGCCGACCGAGACGCGGCCACCUGCAGCGGGAAGCCCUUUGACGCCUUCCUGCAACUGAAGAAUGGAUCUGUGUACGCCUUCAGAGGCGAAUAUUUCUUUGAGCUGGACGACAAGGCCGUGCUUCCCGGCUAUCCCAAACUAAUCGUGGAUGUGUGGGGAAUGCCGGGGCCCGUGGACGCCGCCUUCACGCGCAUCAACUGCCAGGGCAAGUCGUACAUUUUUCAGGGAAGGAAGUUCUGGCGCUUUGAGGGUGACGUCCUGGACGAGGGUUACCCCAGGGACAUUUCAGAAGGCUUCGACGGGAUUCCGAAUGACCUCCACGCCGCCUUCGCCCUGCCGGCGCCCAAUCACCGGCAAAAGGAGAAGGCCUACUUCUUCAAAGGUGAUCAGUAUCACGUGUACGAGUUCGUCAACCAGCCUACCCAUCAUGAAUGCGUCCAGAUGAGUCGAUCUUCACCUUCGCUCUUGUUCUCGCGCUAUACCGACCUCUUCUGCGACCAAAGUUUGGACGACCUCUUUGCCGGACUCUUCGGGGCCGCAGCCGGCAGCCACUCAGCAGGGCCGCGGUCCAUCAGAAUGAACUGGCCAGGCAUCAGCCCCCCGGUGGAUGCGGCCAUGGUGGGGCGCGUCUUCCUGAGCCCCAAAGCCACGCCGCAGCCGCCAUUGCCGCCAUUCCCUAGGAGCCAAAAGAAACGCAAGUGGAAGAAGCCCAACAGGAAUUCCCGACGCAGGCAAACUCGCCUUUUCGACGACUUUUGGAGCGAUAUGUUCUACAGCGCCGAAUCACUGGAGGUCCCCACCUUGCCGCCGAUGCCCGCUAGCACGCCCAUUCAAUACGUCUACUUCUUCAAGAGAGAUCAGUACUACAGAGUGGACCUGCGGACCAAACACGUGGCUCUGGUCCUCCCGCCUUACCCGCGUUCCAUUGCCAAGUUCUGGCUGGGCUGCCAGCAGGAAGACAUUCCUGACGCCACACAUGCCGAGAAGAGAUAAAAUAAUGACAUAAAUAAACACACUGACUAAAUGAAAGGCAAGUUAA